AUGUCAACUUACUCAGAGACAAGUUUCAAUUCACAGCACUAUGAUGACGCAAGACCUAAUUACCCUGAACCAUUUUACUUGGAGUUGAUCAAGUACCACAAGCAGAAAGGAGUUACACAACUCGCUAUCGAUAUCGGAUGUGGCUCAGGAUUUGUUGCAUUCAAGCUCCUUGAUUACUUUGACAAUGUGGUAGGAACUGAUCCUUCGUCUACGAUGAUAUCUCAUUGCCAAAGCAACACGCCAAAGCUCCCAAAAGGCAAGUCAAUUGAGUUCAUCAUUGGAUCAGCAGAAUCGCAUCCGAAUAAAAUCUUGCCCAGUUCAGUAGAUUUAAUUACUGGUGCAGAGUGCUGCCACUGGGUGGAUCACGAGAAGUUUUAUACAGAGUCUGCUAGAGUAUUGAAGCCAAAUGGAACUUUGGCGUAUUGGUUAUAUAAAGACCCGGUCUUUGUGGGGUACCCUAAAGCAAAUGAGAUUUACGAAAACUACACUUACAACUCGUCAAAGAAAAGGAGUCCACAAGAUGAAUUUGAAAGGUAUAUGGGUCCUUAUUAUCAACAACCGGGUCACGAUUAUUUACGGUCUUUAUUGAAAGAGAAGUCCCCCCCAAAAGAUUUGUUCUAUGAUAUUCUGAGACAUGAGUACGUCUCUGAGCGUGAUGGUGCACCAAGCGAAACGGAAGAUGCUUAUGUCACGAAGACACCAUUAUUUAUUCGUAAGGUCAUUGACAUGAAGUGGUUUUUGAACUAUGUUAGAAGCUGGAGUGCAUAUCAUACUUGGAUGAAAGAACAUGGGGAUAAAUACGAUAUAGCAGAGGUUUUUGUUGACGAGUUGAAGAAUGCAAUGGGUUGGGAUUAUGAUACAAAGAUUGAGGUUAUUUGGGAUACCGUAUACACUUUCGCAAGAAAGAAGUAG